AUGCGACGGGCACUGGGCACACCGUUGCUGUUCCCGAGCCCCUCCCUCCUUCCCCCGAACCCCCCUCUCCGGUGUCCGUCCCGGUGGCUUCACCCAACCCCCCCCCGACGGCGGAGCUUUUACUACCGCCAGUCCCGCCUCAGCCCGGAGAACGUCAUCGACCCCCUUACCAAGCCGACCCCGAUUGACAAGGCCCUCCUGCAUGUCGUGUCCGUCCCGAUUGGCAACCUCAAGGACCUCUCCCUCCGCGCCCUGGACGUGCUGCACGAGGUGGACUACAUCGUGACGUCGGACCGGCCCGCGACACGGACGCUGCUCGACCUUGUCCAGAUCCCCAGCCAGGGCCGGCUCAUUCACUAUGCCCACAGCAACACCCGGGCCACCGGCGAGCGGCUGGUGGAGCUGCUGCGCGGCGGGCGGAGCAUGGCGCUCGUGACGACUAGCGGGACGCCGUGCGUGGGGGACGUCGGGGCGGGCCUCGUGCGCGAGAUGCAGGCCCACGGCGUUCGAGUCACCGCGGUGCCGGGGCCUUCCGCCGUCAUGGGCGCACUCGCCGUUUGCGGGCUCACGUCCUCCCCACACGACCCGGGUAGUGCCCCUACUGAGGACACGGCCUCGGGUUCGGAUCCCGACGCCGCCGGGUCGAAGAGGGGUGGAUCCAACCUCUUUCAGGAUGGGUCUUUCUUUUUUGGGAAUUUGCUACCCAGCUCACAAGGCGCUCGGCUGCGCUACCUGCGCGAGGUGGUAGGGCGCGCCCACUACCCUUGUGUCUUUUACGAGUUGCCACGCCGCUUGCUGAUGGUACUCCAGGACAUCGCCGCCUUGCUACCCAAACGCCGGGUUUAUGUUGUACACGAAUUGACAAAGCUAAACGAAUCUCUGCAUGCGGACACGGCAGAACGCCUGGUACAGUUCUAUCUCCGCCAGGAAGCCCAAGUGAUGCUUAGAAAGGGCCAGCUGGUGUUGGUAGUGGCGGGCGCGGGACCGGAGGAGGCCGCGGCCUGGCUUGAACAGGAGGCUCGUAGGCGCAGAAAACUGCGUCGUAAUGUAAAGGAACUCAUGGCGGCUCGUUCGGCGCCUCCAGGUCCGUCAUCCUCCGACCCCACCGACCCAUCGACGGCAGUCAAGGCCGAUCAGAAACUCUGCAAGGCAAAAGACCCUUCCCGUGUCUCUCUCAAAGCAAGGAGACGAAUUCUUCUGAGGCGAAAGCGUGAAAAGCUAAUUCAAGAUAUUGAAAAGGAACAGGAACGGUUGCGGAUGAAUAUGUCGAUAAACCGAGAAUUUGCGAAAAAACUUUGA